AGUGGUGGGAGGCUGUGUGAUGGCGCGUUUCAUAACACUGUCGCGUCUGGGAUCAAAUUGAAAACUCCUUGUCUGUGCAGACAAGACCACCACUGUUAACGUCGGGAUUCACCGUGCUAUUAUAACCCCCUAAAUAUGUGGAAGAUAUAGUGUGUAGUGGUUGUGGUGUUGGUCGCUGAUGGUGUCCAGAGUUGCUUUGUUCUACCAUGAGUGGGAUGUCUGGAAGUAGCAGUGGGUCCAGCACUGGCAGCAACGUCCAGAAAAGGGUUUAUCUUGACUACAAUGCCACAACACCCUUGGCACCGGAGGUUAUGAAAGCAGUGGAGCAGAGCAUGCAUGAAGCAUGGGGUAACCCCAGCUCUGCCCAUGAGGAAGGUGCAAGAGCAAGAACAGUUAUAAACCAGGCUCGUGAUGAUGUAGCCAGGAUGAUUGGUGCCAUGCCUCAGGAUGUUUUGUUUAUGUCUGGUGGCACAGAGGCCAACAAUGUGGUGUUGCACUGUGCUGUGACGCACUUCCGCAAGUGGUGCUUGUCACAAGAGAGCCCCAUAUACCAUCACCUUCGCCCUCAUAUCAUAACCACCAAAGUUGAACAUGAUGCUGUCAAGCUACCAUUGACACACAGAUAUGCAAUUGAGGCUGAUGUAACCUACCUUGGAGUUGAAAACCUGCCUGAAGCUGUAUUAGAGUCUAUCCGACCCUCUACUUGCCUCAUCACAGUCAUGCUGGCCAAUAAUGAAACUGGCAUUAUGUUCUCUGUUGCUCACAUUGGCAGGUUAUUAGCAGAAGUAAACAAGAAGCGUGAAAAUGAAGGAUUGUUCAAGGUCCUCCUCCACACAGAUGCAGCACAGGCUAUUGGGAAAGUUCCUGUGGAUGUGACAGACCUUAAUGUUGACUACUUGACCAUUGUUGGACACAAGUAUUAUGGACCACGGAUUGGUGCUCUGUAUAUCCGUGGAUUGGGCCACAAGACUCCCGUAUACCCAAUGUUUUAUGGGGGAGGUCAGGAGCGGGGUUAUCGACCAGGCACAGAGAACACACCAAUGAUUGCUGGGUUGGGUCGAGCAUCGCUCCUAGUUCAUAACAAUGUUCAAGACUAUUAUGCAUCAAUGAAAAAAACUAGAAACUACAUGGAAAGGCAACUAAAGAAAGUUUUUGGCAACCAAGUAAAGAUCAACUGUGUGGACCCGUGUAUUGCAUCUGACCCGGAGGCGUGUUCUAUACCACCCCGGGGCCCUAAGCAGCAACACUUCAUCUUUCCUCGCCUUCCCAACACAUCAUCAGUUUCGUUCUACUAUAGACAGGUUGCAGGACCAGAUAUUCUACGUCAUUGUCGGCUGGUUCAGGCCAGUUGUGGAGCUGCAUGUCAUGCACACACAGAGCAUCAAAGCAUUCUGGAGGCUUCGGGGGUCUGCUCUUUCCAUGCCUCUCGUACCAUUCGUCUAAGCCUUGGGCGGGACACCACUAUGGAAGAAAUUGACUUGGCCAUCCAGGACAUCAAACAAGCAAUUGAGAAAUUAAUUGGGCGGUCAGUGUGAAUAUUAUGGAGUAUGAAUAACCUCCCGUAAAGUGUGUUAAAGCCUUAACUCUGAAAAGAAGGGAUGGCUUUAGUACACAGUCCAUGUCCUUAUAUGAUGAAUGAUGCUUUGGCAAUCAGAAAAUAGAAACCAGUGUAAAUAUGUGGCCGUUUGAUAUCAUCACACUCAUAGAUAACUACAUUAUGCACUACAAGUAUAAACAUAUUUACUGAGAAGAUUUAUAUAAUUAAAUUACAUCAUGUAUGAGAAGUUGACUCAUUAUAGUUUUAUUAUGAUUUUAUGAAGUUCUAAUUAAAUUUUAUGCAUAACUUAUUUUGGCUAGAUGUAUUGCCAAUUAUGCUACUCAACAUAGAUAUUUAUUGUACCAAGAUUGGAUUAUCUAAUGGUAGGCAUGUUACAUAAUAUAUAUUUUUUUAAUAUUUUCUUGGCAGACUGUGUCUUCAAAAGUAGAGUUUGCUUAAUAAGUUAAAAUUACCACGAAGUGGAUAGGCAAAUUUGUACUUAAAAAUAAAAUUAAUUUUCCAAAUUUUAAUCAUUGCGAUUGGAUAGAGAAACAGUGCAAGUAUAGGUUAAAGCUGAAAGGUGAAAUUCCAUUCUCGACCUCCUGUGUAUUUUAGUCAUGAAAAUUAUUUUGAAACAAUAGUCAGUCUUCAGUAUGCAUCAUUUUUACUUAAAGAAAUAAGAGUUGCAUAAAUAGAGUAAAGUGUACACUUUUUUUUUACUAAUAUUAUUAUUUUCAUAGUUACAACUGGGUGGAUUAAGUUGGGGAACCCCUUCCUGUCACAAAAUUUGAAGAAAAAAUAAUGAACUGCUGUUAGGGGUUUAGUGGUGAGGUGUGAUAAUAUUUUUGGCCACCAGAUUUCAACGUGACAGAACACCUUGGCGGAUAAACUGUGAUAUGUUGUAUUUUGCACACGUGUGUUCUCAUUACCCGUGAUGUGUUACGAGUUGACGUGGAUCUCAGUUGUAAAUAUUGAGAUUUUGACAGACUUGUAUGACAUAACUAUCGCUCAUGAAUUUUCCAUAAUCAAGCAUGGAGAUGACUACACUACAUGGUGGAAAUUAUUAAUAAGUAGAUAUGUUACCUACCAGUGAAAUCACAGGACACAAUAUUGUGAAAUUCAUCGCAUCUGUAAUAGACCUUUAGUUUAGUGCCUCUGUCGUACGUUAAUCAAAUCUUUUAUAUCAUGGUUGAUGGUGAGGUUUUUAGUCUUCUCUGUUAGUUACUUGUCUACUUUUUCUACUUUUUUAGAGGGUUGGACAUUGAAGCUUAUUCUGCAAUCUUUCUCUUUAUAUUCUGGAAUUUUGAGGAUAAUGCAAAUAGUAUCUACAGUUUUAUAUAAGAUUUUUUUGAGAAAAGUGGCUGUGAGGCAAAGCUGACCUGACACUUAGUACUAUCUUGUGCAGAUUUGUAAGUAGGAAGAGGGACCUAGAUGUAACUUCAGAGGUAUAAGGGUUCAUUGUCUUUGCACCCUGUUGUAAUCCGUUGAGUAAGCUGGCAUAACCCCUUGUAGAAGGUGGCUUAACCUCUUGUAUAUAGUGGAUUAACCCCUUGAACAAAACGGUUUAACCCCUUGAACAAGUUGUUUUAACCCCUUGAGUAAGUUGGUUUAACCCCUUGAGUAAGAUGAUUUAACCCCUUGAGCAAGUUGGUUUAACCCCUUGAUUGUGAUAACUUCACCCCCUCGGUACAAUAUCAUUCUUAUUCAAGGGUUGAGUCACCAAGCUCAAGGGUUAUGUCACUACAAAAUGGAAUGGAUCAUCACAUUCAAAGCAUCCAAGAAAACCAUUUUUGCCUUACAUUUGGUACAUCUGGCUUUUUUGUGAUCUAAGUACUUCUGUUAUAAAUUUUAAGAAAGUGUCUUUGGUUUUUUAGAUGAAAUCCAUAACAUUUUCACCAAUUUACUGCAAAUAUGAAACACAUAUCCUUUGCAUCAUGUGAUAUACUUUAUUUUGUGGUGUUGCUCCUGAGUGACUUUGUUAGAAAUUCUUUUUUAAAUACAUUUUUCAAGCCUUUUGCCACUGAAUGCAGAGCAGCCAAAAACAAGAGCUGAUACACACACUCACAUAUAUUUCACUGUUAAUCAUUCCUACUGCUUCUUCCAUUCCUUGAGUAUUUAAGCAAUGCUUCAGCUGAUUUGCUUUAAAUUUGAAACACAUCUGGUGUGUAUAUAAAUUGCUUCAAAAUACAUUUUUACUUUAUAAUCUCGAACUUUAUCUAUAAAAUCAUUUCAUUAGACUAGCAAUAUCAUGGUACAUAAAACUAGGGAUGGGGGAUAUUGCCUUAAUUACUUUUCUUUAUCAGUCAAGCUAUAGCUUGUUACUGAUGGAGUAAGCUUGAUAAUUUACCCCAAGAAAGGGUAAGAGAAGAGGCAUUCCUUUUUGUUUUUUUGAUGUAGAUAUGUGUGACCUUGUUAAUGACUUAUGGAGAUGUUUAUCAGGACUACUGGAACUUUUAAUUUUAUUAAGCAUAAAUGUCUUGUGAUACAGUUUUUUAUACGACUUUUAUCUUAAAAUUGUACAACUUACAUAUCUUCCAUUUGAUAAUGUUGAUAGAAGGUAACAUUGGAAAAUUAUGUAACUCAUGUUUCUGUAGGCUACCAUUUCUGUGCUAUGUUGUUUUAAUUAGAUUUUUAUUCGCCUGCUUGUAAUGCACCUGUAAAGGAAACUUGUUUAUCUGCAAACUUAUGGAUUUGCUACUCUAACUUUUGUUUCCUAAGACCGAUUCCUUUUAACCUAUGUGAUAGUGUUACCCAUGUGAAAGUUUAGGUCAUGUUUAAGUUGGACAAUUCUAGCUCUUUUCAAUUCCAAGGUUAUGCUUCUCAAAUUUACACUUACUAAAGGAAAUUGCAUAUCUUUUCACUUGUUCAAGACUGGCUCACUAUAGUAUAGGGGGACCAGGAUCAAGAGAACACACACACACACACACACACACACACACACACACACACACACACACACACACACACACACACACACACACUUACUUUUCCCCAUAAUUUGCUCCAAUUCACUUAUUGCUGUAGUGUGUUCUGCUUUAGUAUUCCCAUCCUACAACAGGCCCCUGUUGUAACCCAAUAGCUUCAAUCUGGGUUUUGGAACAAAGGCUUCUUUUAUUUAAUAAGAUAAAUAAUUUAUUUGAUUUUGGUUAAUCUCUAUACCUACAGUAUUUGUAUUCAUUCUUUCAAUCAUAGUUGCUUUAAUUUGUCCCAUUUCUUUCAUGAUAUACAGUAGGUAAGUGACGUACCCCAUGAUUCCAGUGUUUAUAUGACUCCAUUUUGGCUUUCUACGUAAACAACAAGUUAAAACCAUGUACAGUACAGUACAGUACUGUAUAUUACUCUCAUGAAUUCUGUUUGAAUGGAUACAGUUUUAUACUUGAUUCUAUGGCAGCUGCCACUUAACUACAGGCUAUGAACAGUUAUCAUAAUAUUUUUUCUUUAUAAAAUGGUAAAAUAUUAUAUACAGCAUAAUUUAAGUAUAAACAUGUAGCAAAAAAAAAAUCACUAGAAUGCCAUAACUGGAACUCAUAGGUAAUACAUAAAGAUAACAAGAAGCCCACAGGACAUACAGUACUGAGGUGGCUUAAAUUUAUUUGUUUAGUAUGUUUACAGUAUAAAGUUUGUUUUCAUAUGCAUUUAACUUAUACAGCACAGUUAAAUAAUAAUUAAACAAUAUACAUCUGUAUUGUACUUCAAAGUACAGAUGAUAAAAACUUAGAAAAUCAGAAUACAGUACAGUACUGUACUCUCAUGAAACAGGUGAACAAAGUGAAAUUCCUCAUGGGCAGUUCCCAGAUGACACUUACAGAAUUCAUUUAAGUGAUUUAUCAACAUUUAUUGAAAUGGUUAUUUUAAUUCAUCAUUUUAUGGUGAUUGUCUUUAAAAGUUGGAGCUUUUUAUUAAUAUGUAUGACAAAUCUUUAAGAAAAGAUGCAUCUGGUAGAUUCUUUUUCCCAUUAAAAAUAAACAUGUUAUUUGCAUGGGUCACAGCUCGAGCAUCUUAGAAUUUUGGAAUAAGAAUUAAGUACUUGAUUGAAAAGACUCGUAAACUCCCCCCCAAGUCUUAUUCUCACUUACUGCAGUGUAUCAUUGGCAUCAUGAGAAACUGUCCCUUUAGUUUAUAAUAAUCUUUGAUUUGUUGUGAAUUUAUCCAGUAAAAACUCAUAUAGUACAUGCAGACAUGUACAAACAUUUACUGUAAUGCUUAUUUCCCACAUGGUCCUUUUAAUGACUGGUGGGUUUGUCCAGUAUUGACUUGUAGAAGAAAACAGUUACAGCCAUAUAUCUGAAAGAAGAAAUUGAAAUCUCUGCUCCCAGGUUUUCUUAUUAUUUUCUGUCUGUUAUCUUUACAUCUAGUUUGUAUAGGGUGGCUCAAGAUAGUGUUUUCUGAAAUAUUUAUAAUGAACUGAGUCUUCAAGGAUGUUGACAAAGUUGACUGAUGAUGGUGAAAAUUCAGGUGCAACACAGUCAAGGGCUUUGGGAAAACCCUUUAUACUGUAUUUUAAAUGUUUUUCAUUGUACAGUAUACUGUACAAUAUGUUGGUCCUAGUGAUGAAUUAGGUAGGUAUUCCAAUUGCUUAAUUUGAUUCUCUAACUUGAUUGUGUGUUAAAAGUUUCUAUUCCAGUCUCUGUGAAGGUGUGAGUCUAAUAAGACAUGAUUAUACUAUAAUGACAUUUGAAUCUUUGGAGCAAUGUAUUGAACAUAUGAAAUGGUUGACACUUUUUUUCUACCACCAUAAACAUCAUUUCAUAAUCCUAUUUAUCAGCUGUAGGCUAAUUAUUUUCAGCACCCCUUUCUUUUUUAUUAUUAUAAAAGGACAAAAUUUGUGGUUGAACCACCGAGCCUUAUCAUUGAUUUUUAUGUUAAGGAUUUGCUGCUUCAGUUGUCACACAUUGAUUUUUUAUCUGUAAAAGUGUUGUAAUAUGCUAAUUUUUAAGGAAAUUUAUUUAUGUAUUUUUGUGAGGUGUCAUAAUUUGAUAGAAUAAUUUUGUGUAAUUUAAUGAUGAUGCUGAAACAGCAAUAGUUGUGUACCUUUAGAGUAAUGCAUCAUAAAACUGCCAUUAGAUGUUAACUAUUACCACUGUUUAUAUCAAUUGUUAAUGAUAAGUGUGCAACAUCAUCGUGACAGUCUAAAAGAAUUAAUAAAAAAAAAUAUAAUUACUUUGAGAUGCAGUGAGGGAUCUGGCAUCAAGUGUAGAUUAGCUUUCACAAAGAAUCACAGUAGUAUUGCUUACAUGAAGAUUUUGCUCAAGUAAUUUGAGGAGCUUUUCUGAAAAAUUUAUUAGUCAGCAGAAUUUUAUUCCCCAGUUUUCUAACAGAAUUGCUUGCCUGUUUGCUUGUGUAGUGCUUUCCUUGUGAUCUCAGUUUAUCAUCUAUGAAAAGAGGUACAUAAUAUGGUAGUAAAUAUCACCGCACAAAUAACUUGCCACAAUUUUUUACAUUUUGCCAAAAGUCUCCCAUGUGGUAGAGAGAAGAAAAUCCUGGUAUUUUGAUUUUUUUUUUUAUUAAUACAGGUACCUGUUGUCUGGUUUAGGCAGAAUUCCUUGGGAAAAUGGUUUUGAUGGAUUGUGCAAGUUACUGCAUUGUGUAAAACUAGAAUAUACAAUCAAAAGGUUUGUUAUAAUCAGUCAUACCAUAUUUGCUGUGGAAACUCUAGUGUUUAAAACUUUGUGAACUGUUUAACUGAUGUGGUUUAUUGAAAGAAGCUAUUUUUGUAAUGAAUAUUCUCAAUGUCUUGAAAUAUGUAGACAUGCUGCUUAUGACUUGUGAUAGGUUUCUCUAGUAGAUGUGCUUGCUUAAAGCAGUAGUUAUGAUUUGUAUUCAAUUAAGGAACACCAUUGUGUCAUAUUUAUUAUACAUUUGUUCAACGAUGGGUUGAUCUUCGUGAUUGUAACGUUACUGGAGUUUUUACUGUGAUUACUGUUUGGGCUUUUUUGUAGUUUAUGACAAACAAUGGUGUUCUGCUUCUGCUUGGAUUGACCUCCAGCUGCAAUGACCAGUAGAGUGGCCUCAAGUUGCUCUCCUGGUGACUUCCAGCCAGGGUGUCAUCUACGGCGUGUCUCCAGGAGGCCAGAACGUUUAGAGCUGUGAUCGUUUGUUGGUUCAGUCUUCCAGUAUAUUGAGGAGUAGGCAGAGUUUGAGUGUUUUGUACCACUAUACAUCACAGUAAAACAAUUAUUUAGCUCACAGGACCACAACGCUUUUAAAUGAUCAGGAAACAUCAUCUUUUAGUGUAGUUCACAAGUUGGUGAAAAAAGUUUUUAUGUGUUUUAAAAUUGAAUUUCUAAUUUGUGUGGAUCUCCAGGUGACUGGGCAAUAAACAGAUCUUGUGUAAAAUGAGGCAGAUUGUAUAGUUAAUAGUUGAAAUAAUCCUUGUUAUGUGCAAAACAAGGAUUAAUUCAGAGAUUGUCAAACAUGGUGACGAUGGUACUGGACUUGCCUUUUUUUGUUAAAAUAAUUGGAAUUGAGUUACUGUGCCAUAAUAUAUGUGUGAAAAACUAUGAAGUUACUCUAAUAAGACUAUGGUGAGAUUGUAGUUGAGAGAGUUUAUUAUUUCCAGUGAUUUGUUCACAUUGUUUGACUCAUGUAUUUUUAUGCCCUAGAAAAUGCAGAGCAUGAUCCUUGGGAUUGUUAUACUGUACUGUAUUUAUGAGUAUGGAAAAUUAAUGAUUAUCAAAAAUUUUAACAUGAACUUUUAUGUGACUAGUUGCAAAACUGUUAUGGUGCUAGAAAUACCUUCAUAAGAUCCAUAGAAAUUAAAAAGUUCUUGUUGUAUAAAUAAAUUUUCAAUAAUUUUUAUUACAUGUACAGUACAGUGUAACUGUUCAGUGAUUGAAUGGACUUGAGCAUGUAGUUAUGGCAGAGUAAAACUUGAGCUUCAUUCCAAAUUCAGGAUCUCUUGCUCCGUGUGGUAAUAGGUUCAUCAAGUCUAUAAAAGUAUUGAUAUAGGCCAAGUCAGAACAGGGUACAGUAUUGGUUAAAGUUGUGGAGUUGGGAGUACAGUACAGUAGAUUUAACAUGCACUAUUAUGUUGAGGUGUGUCACCAUUUAGUUAUUUUUCUUUUAAUUGUUAAAGCUCUCAAAUUCUGUAAUUUAUAUUUGACCAGAAAAUACUGGUUUGUAAACUUUCCAUGUAAGAACUAAGAAUUUAGAAUGAAUGAAGCAACUGUGGUGCUAUUUAUUGUGUUCAACUGUGGUGUGGGAGGGUCACAAGGCAACCCAGGUGCUGGAGAAGGUCUGUCAGCAAUAUCUCUUGGAGGAAAGGUUUUUAAGUUUUUAAACAAGAAAAUAUUGUAGGUUUUGAAGUUAACUUUUGCCAAGAUUGCUUAUUAAAUGAAGCACAUGACACAAAACACUACACAACACACACACACAUACCUUUUUAAAGCCUUUCCUCUGAGCUUGAUGAUGGAUGAGCGAGGACAUUCCAAACAUCGCUACCUGAAGAGUGUUAAUGGUGCAAAGGCACCCUAAGCAAGUGCUAGAAUGUUUUCUGAGAGUUAUGGUUUGUGGCACCCUGUGAUUGUUUAUACUGUACAUGGUGAAAAAUUCACAUUUGUGUAUAAUUAUACACAAAAACAUCAGCUCACAUAUACAUGCUGUUAUAACUUUUCUUUGUAAAAAAAAAAAACUUUAUUGUGGCAACUGUAAAUAAUUGCCCCACGUUUGAUUUUAUGGGUACAGUAUUAGAUUGUUAAGUAUAAUCUCUCACAGGGCGUGCGGAGUCGCUAGUCUAUGGGGUGAAUGGGAUGUUGUAAACAUUCCCAGCCACCAAGCCCAAAUUCUAAAGCAAUACUUGGAUGAGCUUCUGAAUAUAACAGUAAGCCAGUAAAAAUAACUGGGCUCCUCUAGUGGUGUUUCAGAAUUUGGGUAGCUGUCUCAGGUGAAGCAUGGGACACUAAACAGUUGUAGUUGUACUGCUAAAUAAAGCACUCAGUGUGAA